UUAUUUAAAAUCAUACUAUUGUCUUUUCUCUUUCUUGCACUUAAUAGCAAUUCUAUAUAUCUCUUCACCUGCACUCGCCCUAAUUUCACGAAAAUCAUCCAGAUUCACCAUUUUCAAUAUUUUUCCUUCAUCAUUUUCUCUCCUUCUCCAGAGCUGCCUAAGCAUUUAAUAAUCAUACACAUUUUUUUAUCCCGUUUGAAAUAUUCCGACCAAAAAUGACGGAGAGAACAAACAGCAUAGAAAUGGAUCAAGAAAGAUUAACGGCCGAGAUGGCGUUCCAAGAUUCUUCACCGGCCAUUAUACGAAUCCAGAGACGUUUGCCGGAUUUAUUAACGUCCGUAAAGCUUAAGUACGUGAAGCUUGGACUUCACAACUCUUGCAACUUCACCACCUUUCUCUUCUUCCUCAUCAUUCUCCCCUUAACCGGAACCGUGCUGGUUCAGCUAACCGGCCUAACGUUGGAUAUGCUCUCUGAGCUUUGGUCUAAUCGGGUGCUCCAACUCAACGGGUCGACAAGACUCACCUGCUCCGUUUUCCUUUGUUUCGCUUUGACCCUCUACGUGACUAACCGGUCUAAACCGGUUUACUUAGUGGACUUCUCCUGCUACAAACCGGAAGACGAGAGGAAAAUGUCCGUGAAUUCCUUCUUGAAGAUGACGGAGGAAAACGGAGCGUUCACCGAUGACACGGUUCAGUUCCAGCAAAGAAUCUCGAACCGGGCCGGUUUAGGAGACGAAACCUAUUUUCCACGUGGCAUUACCUCAACUCCCCCGAAGCUAAACAUGUCCGAGGCACGUGCUGAAGCUGAAGCAGUUAUGUUCGGAGCAUUAGAUUCCCUUUUCGAGAAAACCGGGAUUAAACCGGCUGAAAUAGGAAUCUUGAUAGUAAACUGCAGCUUAUUCAGCCCGACGCCGUCUCUAUCGGCGAUGAUCGUGAACCGCUACAAGAUGAGACAAGACAUCAAAAGCUACAACCUCGGAGGAAUGGGCUGCUCCGCCGGAUUAAUCUCAAUCGAACUCGCCAACAAUCUCCUCAAAGCAAACCCUAAUUCUUGCGCUGUCGUGGUCAGCACGGAAAACAUAACCCUAAAUUGGUAUUUCGGCAACGACCGGUCAAUGCUCCUCUGCAACUGCAUCUUCCGUAUGGGAGGCGCAGCGAUCCUCCUCUCUAACCGACGACAAGACCGGUCAAAGUCAAAGUACGAGCUAGUUAACGUCGUGCGGACACAUAAAGGAUCAGACGACAAGAACUACAAUUGCGUGUACCAGAAGGAAGACGAAAGAGGAACGAUCGGUGUCUCUUUAUCUAAGGAGCUUAUGUCCGUCGCGGGAGAUGCUCUGAAAACAAACAUCACGACGUUAGGACCGAUGGUCCUUCCAUUGUCGGAACAGUUAAUGUUUUUGAUUUCAUUAGUCAAAAGGAAGUUGUUCAAACUGAAAGUGAAGCCCUAUAUUCCAGAUUUCAAGCUAGCUUUCGAGCAUUUCUGUAUACACGCAGGCGGUAGAGCGGUUCUUGACGAGGUUCAGAAGAAUCUUGAUCUUAAAGAUUGGCAUAUGGAGCCUUCUAGGAUGACUUUGCACCGUUUUGGUAACACUUCGAGUAGCUCGCUGUGGUAUGAGAUGGCUUAUACCGAAGCUAAGGGUCGGGUUAAAACAGGUGAUCGACUUUGGCAGAUUGCGUUUGGGUCUGGUUUCAAGUGUAACAGUGCGGUUUGGAAAGCGUUACGAGCGGUUUCGACGGAGGAGUUGACGGGUAAUGCGUGGGCUGGUUCGGUUGAGGAUUAUCCUGUGAAGAUUGUGCAAUGAUUGGUUGGAUCGGUCUUGUUAUGUAAUUGUUGUGUACUUCUUGAUGUUAAAUAUUUUUAUGUAAGUAAGCUGUCAAAUGAAGAUUAUAAUCUAAUUAAUUAUACAAAUGCGUGUUUGGUAUACGUUAGUUGAUUUUUUGUAAUAUGGUAAACCA